GAUGUCCGGACGACAAAAAGCCCUCCUGCUGGUCUCUGGGAUGGGUGGCGCAGGCUAUGCAGCCUGGAAGACAUUAUUUCCGUGGAUUGGUGACGAUAUCAAGACAAUUAGAGUAUUUUUGGAAGUUCUGAAAAGGAUUGGCGAAAACUUUAGCAAAGGAAGGACAGUACUGGAUAUGUUUGAAGAGAAUGUGGUCAAACUACCGAAAAAGACAUUCAUCAUUUUUGAGGAUAGACAAUAUUCGUACGAAUUUGUCGACACCAUGGCCAAUAAAGUGGCAAAUCUUGCUGCAUCAUGGAACCUUCCCCGGGAUUCUUCAGUCGCCAUGAUGAUAGAAAAUGAACCUGCAUUUGUAUGGACAUUUCUAGGUCUACAGAAGGCAGGACUUGUAGGAGCUUUUAUUAAUUACCACUUAAAGGCUCAUCCACUCAUACAUUCCAUCAAGGUCAGCGACGCACCCGUGCUCAUCAUUGGCUCAGGAGAUGGUCAUCUAGAGUCGAUUCAACAGAUACUGAACGAUUUACCCGACAUUAAAAUAUAUGUUCAGGGAAAGCGACAAACUGACCUCCCGUCAAAGUUCGUUGCCAUGGACGACGUACUUCUUCGUACCCUUCCUGUGGCUCUUUCUAAGGUACACCGAGAGGGGACCACCUUACGCAGUCCCGUCUGCUACAUUUAUACCUCUGGUACAACAGGACUACCUAAGCCAGCAAUAAUCAACAAUUCGAAAGCCAUGUCUUCCUCGGUGUAUUGGCAAGCGUUCGGUUACAAUGAAAACGAUAUAGGUUAUGCUGUUACACCUCUAUACCACAGUGCUAGCACCACGAUGUGCCUAUUUAAUACAAUUGAAAGAGGAGCAACUAUAGUCCUUCGCCGCAAGUUCUCUGCCCGUCAUUACUGGGAAGAUGUGCGCAAAUAUAAAGUUACAGUCAUACAAUAUAUAGGAGAAUUAUGCCGAUAUUUACUACGUGUACCAAAGAACGAUCUGGAUGGUGUGCACAACGUACGUGUGGCGUUCGGAAAUGGACUUCGGAUAGACAUUUGGGAAGAAUUUAAAACCAGGUUCAAGAUUCCGCGGAUAAUAGAAUUUUUUGGGGCAACUGAAGGAACCGGAAGCUUUUUGAAUGCUACCGGUGAAGUCGGUGCCAUCGGCAGGAUGUCUCCCUUUAUGGUGCUUGAGGCGGCUAAAAGGUAUUUCCAUCUGGCUCGGUCUGCAGCUGCUCGUGGUUCCGUCUUAAUGGAUAGACGUCUGGUUUUCAGAGAUGUUUUCCAGCACUCUGAUCCAUACAAAGAGGACACUGAGGACACUGCUGUUGAAGAUCCUGAUCUUGGUGUUGAUGUUGAGUGA